AAUUUGUGUCGCAUAUAAACUUGGUUUCAGCAAUUUGCUCUUCAUUGACCUAUCAAUGACAAAACAGAAUCGUGUUUUCACAGUGGGACAUCAGGCGAACUUGGGCGUCUCUUGCUGUAAUGGGUUGAAUUCAUGUGUCAGCCUUCACAGUAAUUGCGUAAACACAGUAAAGGCAAAGUCUUUAUAGUAAACGCAUCAUGGUUUAGAGACUCUGUAAAGAAAUGUACAAAGCGCGAAAAUACUAAUGAGCGUCAGCCAUGUGCGCAAAGUCCAUGAAAUGGUGACGCCUGCACAUUAAUUUAAUGCCACUACACUUGCCGCACUGCCUAUAAAUAGUACAUUGUUUAAGUUCGUGCCAGUGAAACAAACAAGCCUACACAAUAGCGUUGUAUUACCUUCCCUUUCAUGUCCCAUUGUGCCAGUGGGCGGUUCCCUCUCCACCCCGGAGGAGUGUUUGCUGGCCUGUAUUAUAACACCAACCUUCAGGACCAGGGCAAGCCACAUCUUCAGACCACUGAAGUCCCAGGACACCGUGUUGAGAUGGUGCCUGUCCACGUCACAGAGAGGGUCUGCUUGACUCCGGAACCUCUGCAGAAGCACUGCUACAAGAGCUGCUGUGAGUACGAACAGGGGCACAGGUACAUAGAGGACGUUCGCUACGUAUUGGGCCUGUCUCAGGUCCACUACCUGACGUCGUACAUCCACAACCCUGACACGUCCAGACCUGAGUACCACAUCAGCGCCGUGCGGUGCGAGCCUCGACACAAGCCACGCCGGUGGCUGUCAACAGUCAUCCUGUAUCCCAAGAGGCCUGUUUGGAGUUACAUUUCUACUGUGGAAUACAGCAUAAACAGACCCACUUCGCGGAAGCGGUACAUGACGAAACUGGACAUGGCGGUCGGGGAUGGCGAUGAGGAAAACAACAUCGUCGCCACGAACAUGCUAUACUUUCCGAAGAGGCGAACUCCGUCCUUCUGGUCCUUUUUCAUCACCGAGGUGAACAAGGAGCACGUAGACAAGAAAUUCGCAGAACUGAAUAACUUCAAGAUCAAGCGUGACUGGCAAAAACAACUGUCCUUGCAGGUUAUGGCAUAGACUCUAUGCAAGGCUUGUCGAUUCUAAACAUAAUUACGGAGUGAUACUGUACGAAUGUACGUACACGCUUUACUCACCAAUGUGCAUGUACCUCUACAUACCGGCUGAUUGCUAUUGAUUUGGCGACAAACCCAAUUUUGGGUAAUUACGCGACUAACGCCUGGGAUUACGUCACCUCAGUCAUUCAGUUGGACCUGUAUGACCAGCGGCAGUUGAUCGGUAAUAUUGACGGGAAUAAGCCGGGUCUGUAGAAAUCAACACACUUUGGUGUCACCCCCUACAAAUUUAGAGCACGUAGAGAUAGGAGGGUAUAUAUAGUUAGACAUGAUAAUCAUAACUUAAUUGGUCAAUGGUUGUGUAUGAAAUAAUGUCUUAGCAUGCGGCACUAUGUACGUUUUUCAACUUCAAACUAAACGUUGACAUUUCGUUCAUAUACGACAGAACGCAUCAAGAAAUGUCAAAUACAAAUGUACCUGAAACGUAUCAGGAACGAUGAUACUUGAAACAAUGUACAUCUAUGAAACAAAUGUAUCAUCUACUUCUUGACACAAGAUUCUAUGCUCUUCAGUUUGCAUAUAUAGACAUGGUUCCUUCUUUCGAUUCAAGAUAAUGCAAAUUGAUUUUUAUACUUACGAACUUAAACUACCUAUAUAUCAACCCAUUGUCAAUAUCAUUAAUAAAAAUAUUGAUAAUCCCCAAUAUCCCCGCUUGUUACUUUAAUACCUCAUAAUAAUGUGACAAUUUCUGUUAUUGUUUUCCUGAUCACACAGUGACCAGAAAAACCUAGAAACCUUUCGCCGUAACAUUCCAUGACAUGAACAGCGACACUAUUCGAGUUUUUGUAGGCGGGCGGGCGGUGAUCCAAAUCGCCUAGCUUCAGCAUUGAUCAUGAGCCCUCAAUCCAGCUAAACAGGCAUAGGAGACAGUUGCCAUUUCACUGCCACACGGUAGUUGGGAAAACACACAACAGGCAACUUGGUAGGUAACGACAUCAACUGACUUCCCAGCUCCACCGUGUUACGGCAAUGGGCAGACGGCCUGACUGAAUGUAAUUGACUGGCAUGGAAGAGCAGGUUUAGCAAUACAUUUGCACCUUAAUGAGGCGAAAACAAACUACAAAGCAAAAAGUGAUAGCAAUAUUGUAGGUACUGUCAGUAUCCCAGUGGACGUUAAGUAAAUAUGAAGCAAAAGCAGAGGCCAGACCCUCAGCUUCUGAGUACUAGUAAUCUCCGUCUACAAGAUCGUCAGUAUACUCAAUGUCAUUGGAUUGUUGACCUUCCCUGCACUACAUAGGUGUCCAUUGAGAAUUGUCUGCUAAUGCAUUUCACCCUGGGACCAAAAUAAACUCUUUAAAACCCUAAACCCCAGCUUUUGACUGCUUUAAGUGCCCCCAGGUUUUAAGAUGCCACUUGCUAUUUACCAAGUCACGGUCACCUGGUAUGAUCCAGCAGACAGGAAGUAUUGACUCGACAGGGGAAUAUCUGAACCACUGGAGACGUUUUAUUUUACAGUCAUGUUCCUCAGUAGACCACAUUUAUCUUCUAGUUUCAUUUCUGGCAUUUACAAUACUUCUCACCAGUUUUCUUCUUGAAGAAUGGUCACAACUAAGGCAAAUAUUUGAAAUCAUAUCUUACCAAAAGUGUAUCAUGAUUAUAAGAAUGAUAAAAAGUUGUCAUGAUUGUUAAGAAGAGACAUUUUAUUGGAUAAACAUAUAACAGACAAAGAAUAAUACA